GCGGGACAGGGACACUGAGAUAGACAGAGCAGGACGUCCGAGAGGAGCGAGGUUCUGCAAAUCUGUCGAAAACUCCGAGAACGAAGGACCUUACAUAGCCGCUGUGUUUUGGAUGAUUGAGGAUCAACGAUAAACCUGUAGCGGUUUACUGGUGAUUGAUGCAGUCCGCUCCUGAACAGCCUGCGCUCCGUCUGAGGGUCUAAUAACAAAAGCUGGGAGACGCGUCUGCUCUCCCCUGUCACAGUGGGAAGAUAUGAUCUUUAAGAUAAGCCAGUUUGGGGUCAUGCAACAAUUAUAAAUGCACAUUGACGAGCAGAGGGAGGCUGGCGAAGGAGAAAGAAGUGGAUUUUUUGAGGGGAGCAGGAGAGGACCGUGUGCUGGAGAUGUCUCUGUGGAUGAUAUUACCUGUCAGCCUCCCAGCUCUGACCAUCACUGGAAUAUGGGUUGUGUAUGCCAUGGCCUUGUAUAACCAGCAUGUCUGUCCUGUGGACAACUGGAUGUAUAAUCAUUCAUGUGAGGUGGAUCUGCCAAUGCAGAGAGGACCAACCCUAUGCUGUACUAUGGACAAUGUUCCUUUCAUAAGUAAAUGUGGUUCACUUCCUCCGGAGAGCUGCUUCUUCAGCCUCAUCUGCAGCACCGGAUCCUUUAUGGUGAUGGUGAUUGUGAUGCUUCGCUAUGCCCAUGUGAUAGAGAAGCACCAGAACUGUGUGUUAAACACAGCAAGUCUCUCCACCGGCUGGAUCUGUGCUGCUGGACUCAUAAUGGUCGGCAACUUCCAGGUGGAUAACUCCAAGGUUCUUCACUAUGUUGGAGCAGGGGUGGCCUUCCCCACUGGUAUGCUGUUUGUUUGUCUCCAGUCUGCGCUGACCUACCGUCUGGCGAAGACUCAGGGAGAAUAUAAUGUGGGUCAUUUGCGCCUCUUUAUGACCCUGCUGGCCUUUGUAGCCUUGGUGCUCAGCGGGGCGUUUUUUGUCCAGGAGAGUUUUGUCCUGCAACAUGCAUCAGCCAUUUUCGAGUGGGUCUUCUGUGUCAUUAUUAUGCUGUUCUACAGCACAUUCGCUUUUGAAUUCGCCGGGAUAUCUAGUGACACAAUGAUGGUGCUGGCCCGAGGGCAAUCUCUACAGUCUGUAAGCCAAAACCACAAAAUGGAGUCUCUUGCUGGGGCCAGUAUGCACCAGACUGAGAGCCUGUCCAAACUGUAACCUCAGUGUCCUGUAUUUGCCAAUCUCUCUCAACACUAGAAAAGAACACUACAACCGCAGAGGGAAAGUGACAGAAACUGGACCUGGCUCUCAUACAACCGGCUUACCUUUUGGCAAAGAAUCCAGCUCAUAUUUUGCACAUUUUUGAGAGAUUUUUUCACUCUCUGGGGACCUUUUGAAUCGCACAGCUUCCACACUGGGAAAAACAAAGUUCAUUGCCUGGAUGUUUUGGAGUUUCCAUUAGAUCUCACUGGGAUUUUUGAGUAUCUGUGUUACUUGGAUAAAGGAACUAGACUGCUAGUUGGCUAAACUACACAUGUCCAUUGGUGAACCCAGAGGACCGCUGCAUCAGAAGCCUUCUGCAACACUCAAAAAUUUUAACAUAGCCCCUCAAAACAAUGGUUGUUGUGCCAGUUCCAAACAUUGCAAGACAAUGGAUCCAAAAAUGCUGAUGCUUUUCUGUGCCUUUAGGAUGUUGUUUUUUUUAGAGUUUUUAUUUUCAAAGGCAGUGAUGGUUAAACCACAUAACAUUGUAUUUUCACUUAUCACUACUGUUUGAUAACUGAUCAAGGUGGUUCAUUUUGCCUUAAUCACAAUAUGCUGUCAGAAAUGUAUUUUCAGGAGAUUGUCAUUACCAAUGUGCCUUAUAUACCAAAAACCAAAUACAGAUAUUUAUUAGAAAUGUAUUCAGUUGCCUUGAAUAUAUAAGGCAUGUAUUUUUUUUUCAUAUGAAGCAAAAAAUAUGCUGGUUGUAAACAACUAAGCUGAAAGAGAUACGCAAAAACUUCUCGUGAAACAGGUGCAUAAAUUUAUCACAUUAAGUCGCCAGUAAUUGGUGCCAUUCCAGGCACCAUGUUAGAGUCUAUGAGUUUUGCUUUACAUUUUGACCAAAUGUUACUGAGAAGAGGGUUCUGUGGUCAGUGUGAUCAUAUGUUUCCCUCUUUCUGUCACUGAAGGAAUCGUUGUGUGUUGAGUGGGGGGUUUAUGGGAGUCACAAGGAAGCGUCUAGUAAUGAAAGAUGAAUGAAGCUGCCCUUUAAUGUAAAGGGUGAUGAGUGUAGGUGUUCUUAGAUGUACAGAAGGUCUCUAUGAGCUGUUUUUUGCAGACAAUAUUACUUGCAGCAGGACUGCAAAUUUAUGAUUGAUUUAGUUUCUUUUGAAAAAAAGAAACAAUUAGGUUUACAUUGGUCAAAUGUUUUCACACUACCAGCAUGACAAAAAAUUAAUAUUGUUCCUCAUUCAUUAUCAAGGGAGUUUUGUCAUUUAAUUUGUCAGGAUAAGAGCCAUAUUUAUGCUUCUCACUAUUUGAUUCCACCAGUGCUGUCCUGAAAACAUCAUUCAUGUAAUUUCAGUUUACUAAUUCUCUACGCUCAGGAAUUCAGAUCUGUCUUUUGCUGUCACAUCUUCUCUCUGUGUUCCAGACUGUGUUGAUCCACCAGAUAUGAGUAAACAUUCAACUGUUUCAGUAACUUGUUUAGAACAUUUCCUUCAUGUAGCCAGAGAGCUGUAUUUUGCUUCGAUUGCAUCACUGGGACUCUGUUAACCCCAUAAAUUGGUUUAAUUUGUUGUUUAAA